AUCUUCAUAAUCAUGUCACUACUCCAAAAUCCCCUCCUCUUCUUCGAGCACCUCUUAAAAGUCCCAAAGAACCCACCUCUUAAAACCCAUCUCCCCAAUUCCUGAAAGAACUCACCUUUUGCUCUCAAAUACGCAAUUAGGCACUUUUGGCAGCUGCAAAACAGGAAUAAUGAACACGGGUGUUCAAAAUUUUCAAUCUUUUUAUGGUUUCAAGAAUACCCAGAUGGGCAAUUCAGGUUUUUAUUAUGAACCCAGAUGUAAAAGGCAGGUAAUUUCUUGUUUUUCACCUUUAAAAGCCCUAAAUUUUACUGUUUUACAUGAGCCCCAAUGGUCAAAACAGAGUCUUUUUAGUUUCAAUCCCUUGAAAAAACAAGAUAAUGGUAAAUUUGAAGUGGGGUUUUUGAAAAAAGUUGAAAGAAGACAGAAAUUGUUGUCUGUUAGUGUUAAGUCAGUUAUGGAUGUUAGUAAAGUGGCGGAGAAAGAUGAGGUGGCGGUAGGGAAGAGUAAGGGUGUUUAUGAUGCAAUUGUGAUUGGUUCCGGGAUUGGUGGAUUGGUUGCGGCGACACAAUUGGCGGUUAAAGGAGCUAAGGUUUUGGUGCUUGAGAAGUAUGUGAUUCCUGGUGGGAGUUCUGGGUUUUAUGAGAGAGAUGGUUAUACUUUUGAUGUUGGUUCGUCUGUGAUGUUCGGGUUCAGUGAUAAGGGAAAUUUGAAUUUAAUAACUCAAGCAUUAGCGGCAGUUGGGUGUAAAAUGGAGGUGAUACCCGAUCCAACCACUGUCCAUUUUCAUCUACCUAAUAGCUUCUCAGUCCAAGUACACAGAGAAUAUAAUGAUUUCGUUUCUGAACUCACUAGUAAAUUCCCACAUGAAAAGGAAGGAAUUCUGAAAUUCUACGAUGUAUGCUGGAAGAUUUUCAAUGCGUUGAAUUCACUGGAACUCAAGUCUCUUGAGGAACCUUUAUACCUCUUCGGUCAGUUUUUCAAGAAGCCCGUGGAAUGCUUAACAUUAGCUUACUAUUUGCCACAAAAUGCUGGAACCAUUGCUCGCAACUUCAUAAAAGAUCCUGAAGUGCUCUCGUUCAUAGAUGCUGAGUGUUUUAUUGUGAGCACAGUUAAUGCAUUACAGACACCUAUGAUCAAUGCAAGCAUGGUGUUAUGUGACCGACAUUUUGGGGGCAUUAAUUACCCUGUCGGUGGUGUUGGAGGGAUUGCAAAAUCCUUGGCAAAAGGUUUAGUUGAUUACGGAAGUGAAAUACUUUACAAGGCAAAUGUCACAAGCAUUAUCAUUGACAACGAGAAAGCAGUCGGAGUAAAGUUGUCUGAUGGAAGAGAGUUCUUUGCCAAAACCGUAAUCUCAAAUGCUACUAGAUGGGAUACUUUCGGCAAACUUUUGAAAAAACAGGAUUUACCGAAAGAAGAAGAAAACUUCCAAAAAGUUUAUGUAAAAGCUCCUUCUUUUCUUUCUAUUCACAUGGGGGUCAAAGCCGAGGUCUUGCCACUGGAUACGGAUUGCCACCAUUUUGUUCUCGAGGAUGAUUGGAAAAACUUGGAGGAGCCGUAUGGGAGUGUAUUUUUAAGUAUCCCUACUAUACUUGAUUCUUCAUUGGCUCCAAAAGGGCGUCAUAUUCUGCACAUAUUUACAACUUCUUCCAUUGAGGAUUGGCAGGGGCUUUCCACAAAAGAUUACGAGGCAAAGAAGGAGCUUAUUGCAGACAAAAUUAUCUGCAGACUGGAACAGAAACUAUUUCCUGGCCUCAAAUCCUCCAUUGAAUUUAAAGAGGUGGGCACACCAAAGACACACAGACGAUACCUGGCUCGUGAUAGUGGCACAUACGGGCCAAUGCCACGUAGCGUGCCCAAGGGCUUGCUGGGAAUGCCUUUUAAUACCACUGCUAUAAGCGGUCUCUAUUGUGUGGGCGAUAGUUGUUUUCCAGGACAAGGUGUUAUAGCUGUAGCGUUCUCUGGGGUAAUGUGUGCACACCGGGUAGCAGCUGACGUUGGACUUGAAAAGAAGGCACCAGUAUUAGAUGCUGGUCUCCUUGGAGUUCUUGGUUGGUUGAGAUCGUUAGCAUAAGAAGCUUUCUCUGUGUAAUCAUGUAUAUUUUUUGUUGCUUCCAUCUCUUAAACCCAUAUACACGUAUCAUCCAUAUUUUGUCGGUUUGAUUUAGUUCCUCUAUAAGAAUCUCAUAUAUACUGUUUUUAGUUUGGUUUAUUAUCAUUGGUUUCAAAUACUGAAUCGUGAAUUAUGUAUAUUCGUAUUAUAGAUAUAGACAUAUAGUAACCAAAUUUCAUGUUGA